AUGAGGUAUCAGGGUUUGCAGGUCUCUGUUCUGGGCUGUUUAGCCCUCCUUAUCUCGAGAUGCCAUGCCUCGGCAGAUGCCUCCAAGAGACCUCAGUUUCAGACGCUGCCUCCCUUACGAGAGCAGGAGCAAAUCGUCAAUUCCUGGACCGAGGAGCGGAAACUUCUCAUUCCGGGGAUUCUGAGCAAGUAUAACGUCGACGCAUGGCUUAUUAGCCAGCGUGAGUAUGCUGAGGAUACCGUCUUCUGGGCCCUCAAAGACUUCACACAGUUCUCAGCCCGUCGCCGCACCAUGCAGCUCUUCCUGGCCAACGCCACGGGAGGUAAGCCCUCGGCAUACUCGUGGAUCGACAACACGCCCCUCGUGUGGUCCGAGCUGCGAUCCAUCCUCGAGGAGCAGCAGCCCCGCAGCAUUGCGCUCAACACGCACUCUGAGAUCGCCUUCUCGGGCGGUCUGCACGCUGGCGAGAGGGACGCCAUCGUUGCUGCUCUUGGUGAGGAGUGGAGCGACAGGUUCGUCCUGGAGCCUAUGAUUGGCGUCGAGCUGAUCGCUACCAUGAUCGACCGGCGCCUGGACUGGUACCACAGGAUUAUGGAGACGGCCUGGGCGAUCAUCGAGGAGGCCUUCAGCAGUAGGGUCAUUCGGCCUGGGGUGACUACUGCCCAGGAUGUCGAAUGGUGGAUGAGGGAAAAGAUCCAGGCGCUCAACUACACAACGUGGUUUCAGCCUGACGUGUCUAUCCUGACGGAGAAUGACUGUAGCAUGUGUUCUCCAUCGCCAAAGGAGGAGCCUGGGACCCCGGCACACUUGAUUCGGUUUGGCGAUAUCAUCCACUGCGACUUUGGCGUGACGGCUUUGGGGCUGAACACGGAUACCCAGCACCUCGGAUACGUGUUGCCACCCGGGGAUACCGAGGCUGAUAUACCUGCAAGCAUGCUGGAAGGGCUGAGCAAGGCCAACAGGUUGCAGGACAUGACCCGCGAGCACAUGAAGAUUGGUAUGAGCGGCAACGACAUCCUCCACAACAUUCGUGCCCAGAUGGAAGAAGAGGGCAUCGAGGGUAAGAUCUACUGCCAUGCCACAGGCGAGUUUGGUCACAGUGCGGGGACACUCAUUGGAAUGACAAAUCUCCAAGACAAGGUUCCUUUCCUGGGGGAUUUGCCCUUGCUCAAGAAUACAUACUAUAGCAUCGAGCUAUAUGCUGAGCACUACGUGCCAGAGAAGAACUUGACCGUCAAAUUCCCGCUGGAGGAAGAUGUGUACUGGAGCGAGGAGACGCAAUCUUGGGAGUGGGUGUAUGGUCGGCAGUCAAUCUAUCACUUUAUUCACCCUUGCAGGCAGAAUCAAUGGAAACAAUCAGCCGUUAUAUAGUAGUAUGUCAGUCUAUUUAUAUCAACCAUGACCGCCUCAUUCAAGUGAGGGGAAGAUACUUUCUUACAUUCUAGACAGAUCUCUUCAUUCCUGGAAUAUACAUAAAGUCCUCGUACUU